AUGAUGAUGGGAGGUAGCGCCGCAGCGGGCAGCGACAACGGUCUUGUCGCUGCCGCGAUCACCACCACCAGCGCCGCCGCCGGUGCCAGCAAGCGCAAACACAUGCUCAGCUACGUGGAGCUAGGGGAAGGGGACAGCACCCCUGACACAUCAGUAGACAGCAGCAGCAGCAGCGGGGGGGAGGGUGGCGUAUCGGCAGCCGCGACUAGCGGGGAACCUGAGGACAAGAUGUCGGGGCGAUUGGCGAUUUUCGGCCUGCUCAACCUGGGCUACGUGGUGCUCCAGCUGGCCGGGGCCAUGGCGUUCGGCUCGCUGGCGCUCAUGUCCGACGGCUUCCACAAUCUUUCCGACGUCGCGGCCAUCGGCAUGGCCAUGUACAUCCACCGCCUGCAGCGGAGACCGUGUCCUGAGAACGAGGACGGGGGUACGGACCGGCUGCCCUUCGGAUACAAGCGAUCGGAGGUUAUCGGCGGCCUCAUGAACAGCGUUGCGCUGAUCGCGUUGUCCGCGUAUAUCAUUCUCUCGGCCAUCCCGAGACUGAUCGUGCCACAGGAGGUGACGGACGGGUGGCUGUACAUCUCGUUGGCUUUCGGGGGGGUGGUGAUCAACUUGGUCGGGGUGUUGUUCUUCUGGUUCCCAGGGGAGGACGGCCAGUCCCACGACACCCACUGCGGGGGGUUCCUGGCGGCGCACAGCCACAGCCAUGAUCAUGGACACGAAGCCCCCGUGAAGCUAGAUUCUGUGGGCUUGCUUACCCUUGUCGACCGUUACGACGUGCCACCUACGGCGGGAUCUUCCUCGGCUUGCGGGGGCGAUGGUGGCGAGGAAGUCUCCGUCAUCCUGGCCGGGUCCGAUCCCAUCGGACGCGUGAGCCUUAACGACACCACCGUCGCCCGGGAGGCAUUAUUGUCCGGCAACGGCGGCGGCGGCGGGGAGGGAGGACACGCCUGCUCGCACUCGCACGGGGGGCACCACCAUCAUGCGAACGGGCACAACCAUCAUGCGAACGGGCACGGGCACGAGGAGGAUCGGGGUAACGGCCACGGCGAUGCUUGCUGCAGCCAUGGUGGGCAGAACGGGGGCUCCCACGCCCACGCGAAUGGGCACGGUGACAACGAAGGGCUCGAGCUGAAGAAGGUCCAUGGCAAGCACGGCGCCGCGGCAGUUGCCGGCGGCUGUUCCGGGGAGAGUCAUGGGCACGGGCACCAUGUCCACGGGAAUCAACACGAUGACGUGUACAGCGGCGGCGGACACGGCGACGGCUGCUCGCACUCGCACGGGCACGCUGACGGGGGCGGGGGCGGGGGUUGCAAGGGGCACGGGCAGAGCAUGAACCUGAUGGCGGUGUUGGUGCACGCCAUCGCGGAUGCGGUUUCUUCCGGUGUCGUUUGCGCUCAGGGCGUUGUUGCGUUCAGUUUCGGCAGGUCUGGCGUAGAUUGGACAGACUACCUGGACCCGCUGACGAGCAUCGCCCUCUCAGUCUUCAUCGUCUACUGCGCUCUUCCGGUCGUGAAGGAGUGUGCGCAUGUUCUCCUGGAGGGGACUCCUCGCAGCGCGGACCUGCCACGUCUGAGAAAGGAACUCUUGAAGGUGCCAGGAAUAUCCACGAUCCAGAGCCUAAGCGUGACCCAGCUCAACAGCGAGGAACCGUUCGUGGCCGCGGUCACAGUCGUCGCCGACCCGGAAGUCGGCGGCGCCUCAACAACGGCAGCAGAAGGGUUGGGAAAUGGCGGGGUGGGGGCAGCGCAGACGAGGCGGGGCGGGGCGACGGGCUUGGUUGAGGCCGUGAAGCUAGUCUUGGGGAGCCAUAACAUCGGGCGAAACACGGUGGAAGUGGUGCUGCGGCAUGGAGAUGACGCGGCGCGGCGCGGCGGCGCAACGGAGGGGGCGCCGCCGAAUGGAAAUUGGGAGACGGGGAGGCAGUCGUCCGGGGUUGAGAGCGAUGGUGGCGGACACGAGGCGGAACGGGGGGCGGGCAGUAGCUGCAACGGCAGCGCAGGGUUAGAACACGAUCGGCAUUCUCACGGGCAGUGUUCUGGGCACGGACAUUCGCACGCGCACUCGUCGGCAGCCGUCGACAUGGUUUAG